CCACGCCCCCUCGGUACGCGUCCUCUCUUCAGAUGCUUCCCAGCGCAAAGUCUGACAGAAGCGCAGCUGAAGUGGGUCGAUAAUUUAAGAGGAGAAACAGUACUGUCAUUAAAGCCUUCUGAGAGGAGAAAACAGCAAAACCUAGAAAAUCUACACCCACCCACGGGCAAGAAAACGGGGGAGAGAGAGAGAGAGAGGGAGGGAGAGCGAGCAAGUGAGCGAGCGAGCAAGCAAGCGAGUGUGUAUGUGAGAGAAAGCGGGAGAGAGAGAGCGAGAGAGAGGGAGAACAGUCGAUGGAUGCUGCUUGGACGGAUUGGUCGGUACGUUCUUCUGUGACGAGGACCAGGGAGCUGCAAGGAUGGAUGGAAAAGGCAGACACAUUCCUCCAGCGAUGGUGUGGUGUGAGCGGGGGAUCCAGGUGCUCCUCACCAUGGUCGGGGCCUUUGCAGCAUUCGCACUGAUGACGGUGGCCAUUGGCACAGACUACUGGCUAUACGCACGGGCAUUCAUCUGCAACAGCACUGCCAACUCAACUCAGGACGACCCCCACAACAAGGACAAGAAAGACCCCGGAGCCCUCACACACUCUGGCCUCUGGAGGAUCUGCUGCCUGGAAGGGUUAAAACGAGGCGUGUGCUCCCAAAUUAACCAUUUCCCUGAAGAUGCUGAUUACGACCAGGAUGCUGCAGAAUACCUCUUGCGUGUCGUCAGGGCCUCCAGUAUAUUCCCUAUCCUUAGUGCCAUCCUGUUGCUGUUAGGUGGGGUGUGUGUGGCCUCCAGCCGCUUCUAUAAGAACAAGAGACACAUCAUCCUGGGAGCAGGCAUUCUGUUUGUGGUGGCAGGCCUCAGUAAUAUCAUUGGUGUCAUUGUGUACAUCUCAGCGGCGCUCAGCGACAUCUCACCCAAAAAGGAUGAGGAUAAGAAAUGGCACUACUCAUACGGCUGGUCCUUCUACUUCGGUGGUCUGUCCUUCAUCCUGGCUGAAGUGGUGGGAGUCCUGGCCGUUAACAUCUACAUCGAGCGGAACAAGGAGCUACGCUGCCGCUCACGCACUGACCUGUUCCGCAGCACCACCUCGGCCGUGCUGCGACUGCCGAGCUACCGCUUCCGCCGCCGCUCCUCCCGCUCUAGCUCCCGCUCAACCGCCGAGCAGCCACGAUCCCGGGACCAGUCCCCCUCCGGUCUCGCCGCCAAGAACUUCGGCCCACCUCUGGCUGCUGGACCACCUCCAUUCUCCGUGGCCACACUGCCUAACCCGCACACACAUUCUGGAGGCGGGGGUGGAGGAGGAGGAGGAGGGGGUGUUGGGGACAUCUCUAUGUAUACUCUAGGGAGGGAGGGGAAGCCUCCUAUGUAUGGUACGGUGGACCGUGCCACGCUCUACCAGCUCCACAACUACUUUCCCACCAAGGAAGGAGGAGGAGGAGGUGCCUUAAUGACAGGGACCCUGCCCUCGCUGUCCAAGUCCAACCUGGCAGCGUCAGCCAACGCCCCCCUCAAUGCCCCGUCUUCCUCAGGCCCUGGAGUCCCGGCGCCCACCCUGUCCGCCGGCUCCACCGCCACCAUGGAGAGGGAUAGAGGGCUGGGAACGCUGGAUAGGCUGGGGAAAGGAGAUAGCUCCAACACCAACACUCUGAACAGGAGAACAACACCGGUGUGAUGAAGCAUGAUGGAGUGUGAUGGUGGUAAAGGUGGAGAUGGUUGGGGUGGGAUGGGGAGGGUUAGUGGGUUUUAGAGAAAAAGGAUAACAAGAAAGAAGAGAAAGAUGGAAAAAGAAUGAUCCGAGAAAAUGGUGUAUGCAAACAAUAUCUGAAAGAAAGAAAGGAGCGAAACAAGAGAAGCGAAAGAAAAGGAAUGGUCGCCAACCCUGGUCUUGUAUUUAACGCUCUGCAAGGUCCUACUAAGGGACUACACUAACUUGCCACACCUUUACCAGCUAAGUCCUUGAUUUGCUGGAUCAGGUGCAUCAGUGUGUUAGGUAAGAAGGUCAGUGUACUUGCUCAGAGGGAGGUGGCAUCACAAACUUUUCCAUUAGGGGUGUAAAAGUAAAAAAUAUAUAAAUAUAUCUUUACGGUGGCGAUUCAACUGUAUCAGUUUCAAACGUUGCAAAAAAUUGCAUAGAUUUCAACUUAAACAAACAUUAACUUUAUAUCAAUUAAAGGAUGUACUCACAAAAGGCACGGUUCAGCCCCCUCCAAACUCCCCUAGUGGUGUUGUGCGAAUUCAACACCCCCGCCAUGAAAAGCACACUCUCCUGGAGAUAAACCACUUUAACUUACUUAGGAAAAUGUGCAAAAAGUCAUGGUUAUUUCCAUCACGGUUACAUACAUAGUGAUAUAGCACGCGCUCCUGAGAGGGAAGGCUUUUCCUGACUGCGGCCGCCAUGUUUGUUUACAGGAACGUUGCAUCACUGAUAUCCUCUUGUUCCAUGUUCGGGCAGGACAGAGCUUAAACUGCAUGCAUACUGUCCACAAGUCGAAGUGAACCAUGCUCUGGUCCACCUCUUCAAACAGGACAAGGCACGGUUUAGUGUACCAUGCCUGGGUAUGGUUCGGAGCGAUCGCAUGACUCAAUUGAGCCGUCCUUUGGAAUUCUGCCACUAAUUGCCUAGUGUGAGUACACCCUUAGACUCCAAAAUUAACAUUCACUAAGACCAAAAUAUUUAAUUACAAUAAACAGAAGCUCAUUCACAUUGCACCAGACUCUAGUUCUGUAAGAGAACAGAGCCAAGCUACGAUACUUGAAUUGAAUGGAAAUGUAAAUAAUUUCAAGUGCGUCCUCCUCAUAAUUUAAAUAGAUUUUUUUUUUAUCAGUCUGCAAGUAACUGCUGGUGUCGUCCUCUGUUUCAUUAUGAUGGAACUAGUUAAGCUCAGUAUACACCUGUUCAAAUUAGUUUAUAUUUAAUAAUCUUACAAAUAGUCCAGAUUAUUUAAAAAAGUUCUGAACUAAAUCACUUAUUAACUGCUACUGUUUUGUCACCUGACUGUUGUUAUAUGCUCACAUUUACUAGCUAGCAAAGAGUACCUGGGGUGUUAUACUGCUAUUUAUAGUUUAAACUCUAAAUUCCCUACAAUAAUAAUGAUACUAGAGAUGGCUGGGGACAUGCAGCAGUUUUUGACUAAACAAAAUAAAAGAUUUGGCAUUUUUUCAUUUAUUUUGCCACGUUUUCACCACUGCCAAUUUUUUUAUUAAAAGAAAAUGACACAGUUAAGAUAUAAAAAUAUUUACUAAACACUUAACAUUUUAACACUUCAGUAGAAACAACAAUAAAGCACAAUGUAACUUUAAAUAUAUUAGAAAAAUCUAUUAUUCUGUCUUUUCACUUAUUCAGUCGAUUACCAAAAGUGCUUUUUUUUUUUAACACUUUUCGGAUUAAUCAUUUUAGCUGCCAAAUAUUCAGUGCAUCCCUAGUUCUAAAUCUGAUAAGAUUUUACACUAGUAGAUAUGAAGAGGCAGGAAGCACACUGAUGCUACAUAAAUAACUUUAUAAUUUUUUUUUCAUUUGGUCAGAACUAGAAAUCAGAAGUCGU